AUGCGACAUGAGAAGGAGGCUGAGGCUUAUUCCAUGCUCGGCUAUGCCGACAAGGCCUUGCGCCAGGCAUCUUCGGCGGAGGGGCUGGCGAAAGCCUCCCUUGCUGAAACGGAAGAUGCGGAGGCCGAGGCCGUGCGCUGGUCGACGAAGGUUCAGGAGCUGGAGGAUCGAUUGAGGUCAGCCCAACAGGAUGUGGCGAAGUCGGCGGCGGCAGCGCAGGAUGCCAAGACAGCUGAGAAGCGAGCAGAAGCCGCCCAAGCCGAAGCGAUCCGAGAGAAGAAACACCAGUCUGCACUGUCGUCAGAGCCUGCCAAGGAGCUUGCCCGCACACGUAGGUCGACACUUGAUGCCUUCAAGCGGGGCACCGGUCCAUUCAAACGAGCAGGAGCGGCUGGCCUGGCAGUUCUGCAGCUGGAGCAGUGGAUGGCCAUGUUGCACAUCAACAGAUUCUUCGUCUCCUUGGCGGUGAUGGCCGUGGGCACAGGGCUGCUUCUCCUCCCUGCUCGCGCGCAGGCCGCAUCUUUUGCCGUCUGCGCUCUCGUCGUUCUUCCAGUUCUUUUGGCCGGAGCGUUUCGGGAAUUCCUACGGUUCGUUGCCAGUUCGCCUCCCUCAGAGCUGCUCGGAUCGGUUGCAGGUGCAGAGUGUGCCACGUGUGUGCCAUACCAUUUGGAAGGGCAGACGGCCUUCGGUUGCUCCUCGGUGCCGCGCAUGGCUGGCGAGUUGGUGGCCAGCUGGUUACCGCUGCCGGAGGCCUUAGCUGCGCUGUCUGCCAUGGCUCUCGGCUACGCCGGCGCUGCUGCGGGUCUAUACCGGCGCCGGGCCACCCAGGCGUUCGCGGUCGGAAGCUCGGAAAUCCAAGGCCCGCUCAGAGCAGCCGGCUGGGUGCCCCCGGCUUUCCUGUCACAGCAUCAGCCUGCCCUGGCCCCUGCAGAGGCGUACUUAGAGGACAUCGUGCCCUGGGCAGACAAGCAGAGUGAGAAGGCGAGUGGCUGGGAUCUCAGAGCAUACGUGGUUCGCAGCGACAUCCGUUUCGUACAGCCGGACUACAUCAUAAGGCUCCAUCAGGAGGGUCGCGUUUUUCCACGCCGGCAGGAGGCGGAGGGGGAGGAAGGCGCUCUGUUCCAGCUCCAUCCCACCGCUCAGGCUGGAGAUUUCAAGUAUGUGGCCGUGUCGCACUGCUGGGAGUCGCGCGAGCAUCCUGACCCGCACGGUUUCCAACUGGCACAGCUUGCAAGCUGGAUUGACGGUUUUUGGGGGGAGCAGACUCGCGACGCUGUGCUUUUCAUCGAUUAUGUAUCUCUCUACCAAUUCGGCAACAGAACGGAGACCCAGGAUGCAAGUUUUCGCCGAAGCAUGGAGAACAUGAGCUUGCUCUAUGCAAACUCGGGUGCAGACUUCUGCCAAGGCGUACUGAGCAUCUCGCGCCUGACGCCGUGGUGGUGGAAGACCGAUCGCAGCAAGGCCAUACCGGAAUUUCAAGAGCAAGUGCGAACCAAGGGCGUGGCCUUCACUCAUCGGUCAGAUAUCAGCCAUGUGAUUGCCUUGCAGGGGAUGGUUUACAAACAGAAGCUGGUCUCGACCAAGGGAUUGUCGUUGAAGCGGUUGGCUCGUCGUGAUAGGCACAAACUGCCAGGCAUUUUGUUGAAAAGCAACGUGCUGACCGAACUGGUACUGAGAGCCACAUUGUUCAACGAGGCCGACAUCGAAGCUUUGGCCGGUGUUCUGUGCUCCAAGGAGCUCGAGACUCUGCAGCUGAUGUCGGUGCCUCUCUGUUCUCGCUCCUUGCGGCAUUUGUGCAGCGCGUUUCGGCCGCAGCUCCGAUUCCUUACUCUGUCUUGGUGCAGCCUUCGGGACCACCAGAUGCCACUGCUUGCAGAAAGCCUCAGCACACUGCCGCUUGAGCAGCUCGAUCUCAGCUACAACAGAAUUGGCAGCAAUGGAGCAAUGAAUUUGGCCAAUGCCCUGUGUUCGCAUCCCGUGCUCAAAUGUUUGGAUUUGAGUGGGAACAGGUUAGGGGACGAGGGCGCCAGAGCUCUUGCAGAAGCCUUGAUACCAAGUCACGCCAUGGAAAAGCUGAUUUUGAAAGGCACUUGGGUCCGUUCCAGCGAACUGCACCACGGACAGCACCAAGAGAUCCAGCUGCACUACCACUUCUACGACAACAAAGUGCUGGUUACCGUCUUUCUCAGAACUCUUGCAAUUUUGGACGGGUGCAUUUUGCCAUCCUUUACUGUUCAGACAGAAGUCGGUGGAACCCAGUUCAAAGCACAGGAUUCCAAGGUUGUGGGCAGCACCUUCUGUGAGUAUGGGCGCCUGGCGUGGCUUCUGCUUCAGCUGCCAGCGCUGGUGCAUCUCCUUACGGCACCAGGAAUGGACGUGGCCCCGUUCCCAUGGGAGAGCGAAGAGCCAGCGAAAAGCUCUGUGGCAGCCCGGCUUUUCAAGGGAUCGACUCGGGUGUACACUGCGGGCCGAGCUUCUGAGGUGCCGGAAGCGAGCCCGCCCGAGGAGCCCGAGGAGACAGAGACCAACGCCGUCCAGGUGCAGGUGAAAGGGAAGGCAAGGAAGGCGCUGGUGGAGCACACUCUUGAGGCCGAAGCUGAGACUCAGCCAGAAGUGGCAGAAGCAGCCUCGGACCCGGUGAUCUUGUAG